AUCAUGGGACAUGUAGGAAGUACAAGAGUAGUCAAGGGGGCUUGACGCUGGUCGAGCAACACCCUUCUUCAAACCGGCGCUUUCCCACUAGCGUGUCCGUGUUAAUGGCAUGUAAAGUGGGAAGAAGAAACAACUCUUCUGUGACGCGGACUACCACACAACUUUGCAACAAUGAGUGGCGAGAACGUGAGUCUGGUGUUCAAACUGUACUGCCUGACGGUGAUGACACUGGUGGCCGCCACAUACACAGUGACUCUACGGUACACAAGGACCUUGCCAUCCGGGGAUCUGUACUUCUCCACCACGGCCGUGUGCAUCACCGAGGUCAUGAAAUUAAUACUCAGCACUGGAAUGCUGGCGAAAGAAUCAGGUAGUCCAAAGAAGAUGGCAAGCACCAUCAAGGAGCAUGUGUUCUGCAACCCAAGAGAGCUGCUGAAAUUGAGCAUCCCCUCGGUCGUGUACGCCAUCCAGAACAACAUGGCCUUUCUGGCAUUGAGUAAUCUGGAUGCUGCAGUUUAUCAGGUGACAUAUCAGCUGAAGAUCCCGUGCACAGCGCUGUGCAUGGUCAUAAUGCUGAGGCGUUCUCUCAGCAAGUUGCAGUGGUUCUCCAUCUUUAUGCUCUGUGGAGGGGUCAUACUUGUGCAGUGGAAGCCUGCAGAUGCCACCAAAGUCCCAAUUGAGCAAAACCCUUCUCUUGGGUUCAUGGCCAUUACUGUUGCCGUCCUUUGCUCUGGGUUUGCAGGUGUGUACUUUGAGAAGGUCCUGAAGAGUUCUGACACAUCCUUGUGGGUGAGAAACAUCCAGAUGUACCUAUCAGGCAUUGCGAUCACCCUGAUGGGCGUGCUCUUGACCGACGGCGAGAAGGUCUUAGAGAAAGGCUUCUUCUUCGGUUACACGCCCUGGGUAUUGUUUGUCAUAUUCCUCGCCAGCGUGGGAGGUCUGUACACGUCUGUGGUGGUGAAAUACACAGACAACAUCAUGAAGGGCUUCUCUGCUGCGGCUGCCAUAGUUCUCUCCACUGUGGCGUCCGUAGUCUUGUUUGGAUUGCACAUAACGACCACGUUUGCGUCUGGAGCCAUCUUGGUGUGUGUGUCCAUCUAUCUGUACGGCCUUCCAAAGCAGGACGUAAGCAAGCUGACUCGGGAAGACGGUGACAAGGAGUUCAAACAGAAACUGAUUACUGUGUGAGAUCCAUUGAGGACAACGAACCCACCUGGACUGAGUAGAGAGAUUUUUUUCUUCGUUUACCUUUUUGCUACUUUUUUUUUCGCUCCAGUUAAUGCACAUUUUGUUAAAAUCAAGAUGAUUUGAAGACACAGCUGAUAUGAAUACAAACAUGACUGGUAUUUUGAUGCCUUCACCUGCUCUUACAGGGGCAGUGCGAGUUUAAACUGGAGGGAAGAGCCACAGCAUGUUAGGAUUUCACUGCAAACAGGCAGCAGUAAAGCAAGAAGUCUAACUGGAAAAUGAAGCACUGUAGCACUGUAGCACUGCACAGGCAGAUGCAACCAGAGUAAGCACUGAGUCUUUCACUUUGGAAUCAUGAAGACUGAUUCAAGGUUAUGUCCACACCAAUAUUUUUUUUGUGACGCUUGCCGCAUUUCACCCCACUCCAAUUUGGGGGCAAAUGUGCAUUUAUGAAAUUAUCCGUGUGGAUAUGGCCUGAACUUGUGACAAGCAGACUGAAGUUGUGACACUGAUCAUUUCUAUGGAAAGCUCACUGUUGAAGCGUUAAGACACAAUAAGGACCAACAACUACAAUGACAAUCUUUUUUUUUUUUUAAACUAGAUUAAUGGGUCAAAUAUUCUACUACCCGUCCAUAGAAAUCAGUGAUCAUGGGUUUAAGAAAGGGUUUGAGGGUCCUCAAAUAGCAGUGGAAUAAUUUAUAUUAUUGUUAGGAGCUGACUUUUACCUCGUCAGUCUGCCCAGAUUCUUUUAUGCUAUUGACUAUAAAUGAAGACUUGACAAUGUGUGAUGCUUUUCAUACUUGUAGGAUUGUAAAUAUCGAUACAAUUGUAAAUAUCUCUUCUGUGGUCUUGUGUCACAGCAUUUUUUUAAAAAUUAAAACUGAACGGAAACGCAUGCAUUUACAAAAAAAGCUGCCACAGAAUUGAUUCUAAUGACAAGAAUGUAUGGGAAUAGGGAAGGAACGAGGUAACUGGAGGACUGAGAAGUCGGCCAAACCAGUAGAACCAGUGUGACCGGUUGUUGAUUUGUCUUACCAGCUCAAAACCAGCCAAUUACAAAUUACACUUUUGUAUUAUUUUAUUUACUAAUUAGAUAAUUCUAUUCAUAUUUACAUUUUGUCAACUGGUGUGAUGCCAAGAAUCCUCAUCCCAUUGGCCAGAACAGAGCAGGACCCUCUGAAAAGUCGUAGCCUUGCCUGUUAGUGUUCAGAAAAUGACAAAAGUUCACUUGGUUGUUGAAGCUAAUGAGGUGUACUGUACAGUGAUUGUUGGACCUGAAGAUGGGAAGCUCUACAGAUCCCAGCCUCAUAGUAACAAAAUGGUGACGGCCAAGGGUCUAUUAUUAUUAUCUUUUAUCAUUAUGACAGACACAAUGUUUUACCUGUGCAACUUCCUGAGGACUCCCUUUGACUGGCAGCUCUCUGUGUGCUGAGGCGAUCAGGUGGCUGCAAGAAGGGCCAUGCCUCUUUAGCAUAUGCACACUGGAGUAUUGGCUCCAUGGCAUACAGUCAGUGAACAUCACACAUCCUGUUCCUUACCACAGCUUCAACAGGAAGUUGAGCAGGUGUUUGGGUUGCAGAUCCUGGGCCGACUGGUACAAGACCUCGUCAUAGCUGUGUUGAGACAAAGACAGUGGUUAGUUUUGCAGUUGAUAAAAUGAGGGUGGGGUCCAAACACAUACUGACAAAAUGUGUGUGAACCAACCCAUGGAAAUAUGCUAAGUUAUAUAUAUUUUGAGGAAAAAAAUAUUAAAUAAGAUAAUAAUAAUAAUAAGAUUGGUCAAAGGGCAAUUUGCGCCACCCCACCUUUUUUAAUAGAUUUGUUUUUAGUUACUUUACUGUCAUAUUUUUACUUCAUUCCCAUUUUAUAACUUUUUCACCCAACCUAAAAAAAACCACAACUUUAUUUUGUCUUUUCAUAAGGCUUCAAAAUAUUGUAUUUUUUCUUUAAAAUUAAAUUUUUCCUCAUCAUAGGAAUUUAUUUUUUUGUCUUUAGAUUAUUUUGUUGUCUUAAUAGACUUUUGCAGCUGUUUUUUGUUU